AUGACGGAUUUUGAUUAUAACAGCUUCAAAGAUAUUCGUUUGCUACGCCAAAAACUCGCCAAUGACCCUGCUUCUGUUACCAAAAAGCUUCGAGAUGCAUGCGAUGUUUUGGAACUCUCCCAGCACAGCACGAUUCAUGACCCGUUAGGCGUCUUAGUGGCAUUGUUCUCUUCCCGUAUGCCUUCGACUGUUUGGACAGUUUUGUUCCAGAAGCUUCGUGAAAGCAAGAAUAUAAAAAUCAAAUUAAGCAUUUUCCAGCAUUUUGCGCAUGUGAGCGAGUACAUUCCAGUUUCUGAAAAAGCGAAUGCCUUCCGUAUUUUCGCACAGGAGGCUGUCGUGCUGUUAUCAAAGGAAGAAGUUAUUGUCGAUAUCGGCUUUAAAAAUAGCUUCAGAUUAAUUGUAGAGUCACUUGGUAUGUUUUCCGAGAAAUUGUUGUGCUCCCAGAUGCUUGCCAUUUUGAUGAAAAAUAUGAGAAUAUGGGUGCAAAGUGACCUGUUACGUGCCAGCGCAUUCCUCUCAAGUUCUUUGGUGUGCUUUACCAAUGGCUACGAACCACCUAUUCCUUUCCUGAAUACUGCUAAGAAAACACUGAGUCUAUAUGUGUUUUCCUUAGUCCUUGAUUCCUGUGCUCCAUUGAUAAUAGAUCGAUCUCAAAGGCUAGCUGAAAACGGUGCAUCAUACUCUGAGUUUAUACAUUUAAAGGAGUUACUGGAUGAUGCAGUGUGCAAAUGUUUCUUGGAAAAUAAAAUGGACUCCGCACAACCGAUUCCAUCACUUAUCUCUUGCUUCAUCAGGGUGAAGGAAUUUGAUCCCGAGUUUUCCCUUUCCGAGGAGGCAAGAGUAUGCCAUCAGGUAUUGUUGGCUCUGAAAAAUACUAAUACGCGAAGGCUUCUACUUUCUUCAUUGCUGAGCUUUCUCCAGAAAACAAGAAUUAAUUGGUGGAAACACGUCGAUAUUGUUUUUUCCUUUAGCUUGACCGGUGACGCCUCAACUAGAUCUUAUGCCUUUUUGGCGAUAGCUAAUGCAGCCCAAGCUAUACAAGUAAAUGAGAUACUAAAUAUACAGCCUAUGCUACUCGACUUAUGUUACGACUUUAUUCAGAAAGGCUGUGUAAUGAAGGUUUGUGGAAUUCUUAGCGUUUUCAAAACCAGCUUCAUGAAGCUGAAGAAACGAAAAAAGGCUUCGGAGGAUUUAUUUAAUAGGCUUUUCACUCUUAUUUCCAAAGCGCCAAUCGUGUUAAAAUACAACUGUUCCAUCCAGCUACUCGUUUUAGAACUCAUUCAGAUUUCUUGCGCAUAUUCCCCCAAUCUGUUAUUAUAUGUUAUCCAGUGCUUUGAUUCAGACCAUCCAGCUGUGCAAAAGGGUGCAUUGGAAACCCUGUUGAACUGGUGCACUACACAAAUUAUCGAAGAGUCGUUCCUAGAAUCUCCAAAUUUUAGAGAAAUAGAUUUCUUUGAAAAAUCAUGGUAUCGUGACAUCCCCCAGAUAUCCAUUAAUCAGUCAUCACUGUAUCACAUAACUCAUAAUUUGAAAUCCAUGGCAAAUUUCUUUUUACAUCGAUUGAGUGAGUCCGUAGGAGAAAUAAGUGGAAAGUCGACUGCGACCGAAAAUGCAUGUACUGCCAUUAUUAAACUUGAUGAAUUUUCCAAAUCUCAUAUUAUGGUAGAUGACACCCCGUUGAUGUAUAUGAUGUCUUCGUUUGAGAUCAUUACCACAAAUAUGCUUAGCUAUAAUGGCAUGGUGCCUCUCACUACCUUCAUCAAGUUGAUGCAAGCGGCUACAGCAUGUCUCGGAAAGGGAACCAGGUUACAACCUAUUUCUAUGCUCUAUCAUAAAGAUUUAUUUAAUCUCAUGUGCAGCAUUGUAUUUUAUUGCUCCCAGAUUAUCGAACCUGAUGUUUCAUACAUGUUUGAAUCGGAUGAGUGUUUUUAUGGAGCGUUUGUUGAGCUGCCGUCAGUUCUUCGAACAGCAAUAAAUAAUGUGUUUUUAUCAGCUCACCAUAAUACGGAACCCUUUAAAAACACUGAUUUUUAUGCCUUCAUUGAGGCUGUAUUUCUUUUCUUAACGCGACUGACCGAAAUAGGUGUCCUUUCGCGUGUUUUUAUUCAGCACCUUAGGAAACUGCACUCAUCUCUGUUGAAAUGUAUCAGCAUUUUUGUUGAGACUAAUCCCCAGAGCGUUUUCCAUUUCCUAAAGAUUUUUACCAAACUUGUUUUCACAUCUCUGAGCGAACAUGAGAAUUAUGAAUUUUUCAGUCGGGAUUUCGUGCAUAUUUUCCCAGCAAUAAGACAUUGCAUUAUCCGUGGGUUCUCUCUCGAUUUAUUUUCGAUCGGACCGGCUCUUUUUGAGUUGCUUAUUUUUUUCAUCGAUUUAGAUUGCCCUUCUAACUUAACUCGUGCUUACUCUCUUGUGGACACGGACUUCUCACUAGUGGAAAUAGUAAUUAGCGAACUUUUGUCGAGGAAAGGUUAUGCACCACGUUAUGGUUUUGAUGCUGUUGAAACGUUGCUUCAAACUUUACUGAAAUUAGUUAAAUCACCUCAUAAGCACAGAGUUACUUUGUUGAUAACCCCUGAAAAGUACAAGUGCAUUGUAAAAAAUCUCAAUCGCGAGUCUAGAGACUCAGACUUAAGUAUUCUUAUUAGAUGCAAGGAGUAUUUGUAUUUGAUUUCAAAAGAACUCCUGCUACUGAGUGAGGUUGAGGAGAGACCGUUUGGUACGCUUUCCCCAUAUGUUGAUGAGAGGGCAUUUUUGAGUACUUAUUUUGGACUCUUUGAAGCCUCUUGUAAGUAUAAAGGCCUCGGGAUCGAAAUUGAUCAUAUCCUUCCAUAUGAAUUGCAUCAGUCACCGUACUUCCUUGUUCUCAAGGCUUCGAAUGAUCCCAGUUUCAUUGAUAAGGCAAUAGGUACUGUAUCCUCUACUCCUUGUGAACCAUGGUUAAAAUGCCUGUUGAUUAUGGUGAUAGUUAAUUCUCCUUCACAUUCGAGGCUACGGUGCAGGACUUCUGAAAGCGUCUUGUGGAGAGAAAUGGAGGUCUCGAAGCAAGUCAUUCAUUUUUUGAGGAUUCAUAACGGACAGGAUAGCUCAAUGACUGGCCUUGGCCAAAAUCAUAUGCCCAUAACCGAUGGUGCAAAGGGAAUAGAGUCUAGUAAAGAUAACGGCGGCUGUGCAGAUUUUGAUUAUCUCUCUUAUAAUUUUGAUGUUUCGUCUGUGCUUAAUUAUAUGCCCUAUGGUGUCUCUGCAGUAUCAGCUUCACCUACUGAACUUGUGGUAGAGGACCAUCUUUCUGAUCUGACUGUAACGGAUAUGUUUGAUUGCUGCAGCCGAAAAAACUGUCUUACAUUGUUUCAUACUCUGUGCAAUGAAAAUCAACUUAAAAAAAUCAACGUUCAUGGAGCCGUAGCACUUGCGCAGUGUCUAAUGCAGUCUAGAAGGCACAAAGACAGCUAUGCAGUCUUGGAGUCGGUAGCUUUUGCGGAGCACAUAGAAUCUCUGUUGGAUUCUGUUUGCUCUUUGGAUAAUGAAUUUGCCAAAUGCUUUCGAUACAGCGCUUUAUUUUUGCUUGCCUGGUUUUAUUGUGAUGUUGUAGAUCCUGUUGCUUCCAGUGAUAAUACCCUGCUGAGUAAUACUCUGCUUUGUCUAAAAAUUAUUCGGCAUUAUGGCUUUCAUGACGCUGAAAAUAUUGGAAACGUAAUCGAAGCCGUAUUGGAAAGGCUUUCUAGCUCUGAGAAGCUGAUUUCUAUUGAAGAAUCUACACUGUUACUUCUUGUGAGGAUCUUUGGGGGAACAUUUAAUUGGAUUGAGUGGCUGAAGUCCUUGUUGCAACAUGGCACACUAGAACACUUCAAGACCUGCCUCAAAGUUAGCCAUUUCGUUACAUUCUUGCCCAGCGCGUGGUUUGAUGUGAAGAAUAUUUUUUCGAGUAUACUUCAGCUCAGCGAGUUUGAUACCGAUGUUUCAACCGAUAAGCAGCGGUACUUGUUAUGGUUGCUAUCUUCUACGCUAUGCCAUUCCAAGAAUGGUAGUUUAGAUACUGGAAAGAACAUAUUUCAAAUACGAUUUACUGAUUCAUGUUCUGAUUUUUCAAACUUUUUAAAAAUUAGCUCAUUGACCACGCCAAUUUCAACCCUUUCCAACGCUGUACAUGAGAACGUGCUUCCACCUUUCAUGAGGAGGAAUGGUUUAGUUCGUCACUCUUGGAAUCCUCAUUAUAGACAGCGUUUACUUUCUCUUUGCGGUUGUCUACAUCCUCAGGCCCCAAGCAACGUUAAGGAAAGGGAUGCGUACAUGGAUUUGCUGCAUUUUUACUUGGAAACGGUGAGUGCAACGUUAUCUCAUCCGCAUACAUCUUCCCCAAGAUGCUUUUAUGAUAUGAUGGGUUCCCUUGCCAUUAUUUGUGCGAAUGGAGGCAUCAGUUUUAAGAAGAGUUCCUGGCAAACGGAUUCGGUCCACCUCUUUGAGCCAUUUGUAAACCAUCUGUUAGAGUAUUUAAAAGGCUUUGAGAUGACCUCUCUCAACACCUCAAAGCCGUCCCGCACAAGUGUUUUAAAUGAACACACAGGUUUGUUUCUCCGACCCAUAUCGUCUACUAAAUUUUAUGAUACUUUUGGCCUUGUCACAGCUUGCAAAUUGUUAUGUUGCAAAACUUUUCAUAUUUAUGAUGAUGGUCCUUUCGCUACAGAUGGACUCCUAUCUAAUUGCAUUAGAAAUCUUAUGUCCAUCGAUCACUUCACCUACCUUGCUGCGCAUUCGUGUAUCCGCAUAUUGGGUUCUAAUUCAUCUGUAUUGAAAAAGAUGACAUGGCUGUUGUCGUAUUGUUCUCAGCAGUUUAUUGAAGAUUUGCAGCUAGCAACAUCAUGGGGGUACUUAUCUUUUUCUGUUGGAGCGAUGCAACUGUUAGGCACUGCCUGUGUGAUAGCCUGUUCAUGGCCUAAUGACGAGAGGCUUUGUUCGAAAAUUUGUGAGGGGCUCUGGAAUGGUGUAUUAGAGGUCACGUUAAGUAGAGCACUGACUUUCAAUGGCUACGAACUUAUGCGAGUUCUUAUAUCUAACACGGUAGUUGGGGGGCGCCAGUGGGACAUGCUUCGGAUACUUGUUACUGAUGGUUGGAGAGAAAAUUCCCUGAUCAAAGCACCGAGGAUUCCAACUGCAUGUGAGGUCAACAAUUCAUUUAGCUACAAUAAAGGUCUACUAAAUCACUCUGCAUCCGUUGGAUCACAUCUUUGUUCACAGCGUCAACUUCUUUCCGAGGAAGAUGUUGUCAUACAACUUCUCUCAAGUCGCGUGCAUGCCGAGCAGCUGGUAACGCAGAGUUUCCUCCUUUUGCGGAGUAAGCAAGACAUAACUAACGACGAAUCAUCAGCAGAUAGCCAAAGUGCAUUAAUUUCUAGUCUUUUGGAUCGCUGUCAGAUCCUAAAUGAAACAGAAAUACGAUGUUUGGAGGUGUUGAUCGCAGAUGGCAUCGCAAAGGACUAUUAUAAUGUCUUCUUUUUCUUCAACCAUUUCAAAAUAUCGCUUGCGUCGCGCCGGAUUUAUUUAUGUGUUUUGCUGUCCAUGCUUCACCGGCAUAUGCUGAACAUUGGGAAGAGCGGUGAUGACGCUAUCACACCCGAGAUCAUAAAUUUGCUAUUGAUUUUCUUGGAAUGUGCUAUUCAGUGUGUGGGAAACAUGUCGGAUGUGGUAUGGAUUAUCACUGCAUUGUUAAUCAGUCUGAUCAGUUUUCAAAGUCCAAAGGUUAGCUGCGCGGUGGCGCUUGCCAUACUGCCGCCUCAGCCCCAGGUCAUGUAUGAAAUGCUCUCAAGGGCACUGAUUAAAUUUCUUGCUCGGGGCCCACUCAGUUCUCUUGUCAUUCGAAUUCUCUCUUCUAUGCGUGAAAAUAUGAAUGCCAAGCCAUUCAUCACACCGUAUAUGAACGAGUAUAUAUUGAGUCUAUUAAAGCAUAUUGAUUGUAAUUAG